CAGAGGGAAUGUCUUCCAUCCACAUGCCAUCCAUGCUGUGGAUCAGUGUGUCUGUGUGUCUGACAGGUUCACCAUAUGAGCUCAUGUCUGACCGAGUUGUUUGCACAUUGUUUAGUUUGUACCUUGUCCUCAGUAGGACAAUCUAAGAAAAGCUUAGAUAAGGAAUGAGAAUGAUAAGGAAUGCUGGAGGUGUCUGACGCUGUCAAAGUUCAACAUAAGCUUGUAAAAAAAAAAAAAAUAAGAGGCUUCACUACAACAUUCGCCAUUUUAGUCCAAAUGAAAGGGUGAAAAGGGAUGUCACAAGUUAGUUCCACGUGAUGGGAGAGAAGCGCAGGAAAGCCCGUAGCCCCUUUGGCGCUCCUCGAUGACUCGCUGCGCGUUUUGGAGACAGGACAUAUUCAAACCUAUGUUCUUUCAAGUGGAAUAAACUACGCCAGGGAGCAUGGGUUUAUCCAGAAACGAAACGCUGUGGUCUGAGGAUCAGCUGGACGCGAACCACACGGAGAACGAGCCUCUCAGUCCGGAGGUGGUGAUCGUCCCGGUUAUAUUUGGAUGCAUCUUUUUCUUAGGCAUUGUCGGAAACACUUUGGUGAUGGUGGUCAUCGGGAGGAUCAAGUCAAAACGCUCGAGAAGCACCACCAACAUUUUCAUCCUCAACCUCAGCAUAGCGGACCUUUCUUUCCUUCUGUUCUGCGUGCCCUUCCAAGCCACCAUUUACUCGCUCCCCGAGUGGGUUUUCGGCGCCUUCCUGUGCAAGUUCGUGCACUACGUCUUCACGCUGAGCAUGCUGGUCAGCAUCUUCACGCUCGUCGCCAUGUCCGUGGACAGGUACGUGGCCGUGGUGCUCUCCAAGAAGUCUCCGUGCAUACGGAACCGCAGGAACGCGCUCGCCGGGGUGUGCGUGAUCUGGGCGCUGUCGUUCGUCUUCGCCGUGCCCGUGGCGCAGCAUCAGAUUCUAACUAAUCACCCCAAAGCCCCGAACAGCUCCUUCUGCUGGGAGAUCUGGCCCGAGCCGAUGGCCAGGCGCACGUACAAACUGAUCAUCCUGGUCAUUGGGUAUCUGUUACCGCUGCUUUUGAUCACAUGCUGCUACACCAAGGUGUUGUAUCACCUUCAUAAAAAAAUAAAGAAUAUGUCCAAGAAAUCUGAACGCUCAAAGAGAAAGACAGCGCAGACUGUGCUGCUGGUUGUCGCAGCAUUCCUCUUCUGCUGGAUGCCCCACCAUAUCAUUGCCAUGUGGGUGGAAUUUGGAGACUUCCCCCUGAACGAUGCCUCCUUCGCCUUCCGCAUCAUGUCGCACUGCUUGGCUUAUGGAAACUCCUGCGUCAACCCCAUUCUCUACGCCUUCCUCUCGGAGAACUUUCGGAAGGCCUGCCAGCAGGUCUUCACCUGCCAUCUCUUCUACUCACCCCCGCCUGUGAAGAAAAUAGCACGGAUCAGGAUGGAGAAUUUCUCCACCACACACUCCACUACCAACGUGUGAGAGAGGACUGACAAGCUCUAUGAAGCUGAAACUGAGCCGCCAUUCCACUUGAAAAUAGUCUACAAUUCGUAUUCGAUUGAAACUAAAUCCCUCACUGCCAUUCAAACUAAAAAUACAGCAGUGCAUUCACAGCUUGAACAAAGGCAGGCUGUAAAUUCAUCAGCGCAGCUAGCGUUAGGGAAAAAGGCAUUCUACAGUUACCUAUUCACAGGUAGCCUUGAGAGCUGAAAGCACUGACACCCUCAAGAUACUUUUUCAUGUCCAGAGCAGCCAAGAGAAGGCGACGCUCUGAUUGUAUAACUGAAAACAUCCAUGUUGGUGUGGCUCAGUGAAUAGUGACUGCAGUGUUGAAGUAUUUUUUUUCAGUGAAACUUAAUUUGCUAGUCUAUGCUAGCCUAUGAUAUUUGUGUGCCAUAAUUUGCUAACUGACUUGUUUACAUGGUUAAAUGUGUUGUGUAAUGUGCAGGCUGCAGUCAUCAUCACAAAAAAGGAAUGGACAUGGACAUCAACACAAUCCCUUUAAUAAUGUUUCUCACAUCUCAGGCCAUGUCCACACUCUAAUACAGCUACAUUUGAAAUCAUACAGGUUUUUGCUUGCCAUCCACACUGAAACAGUUUUUAACCACUAAAAAAUGCACUUUUUGAAAAAAAAAAAAAAAAAAAGUAGCUUAAAGGAAAUGGAGAUGCUCAUGUCUGUUGUCUUGUGAUAGAUCCCUGAUUGUCACGUGAUCCAACACAUCCAAAACAGAAUGCGUGUUUACUCGUCUGUUUUUUUUGUUUGUUUUUUUACACAGUUAAACUUAUUUGUGUAUAUAAACAAUACAAACCGAUGGUGUACCUACUGUGUACUUCUACUUUUUUGUGAUUUCUCCAUCAUUGCUGGAGUACAUCGCAUCAAACCAUGGAAAAUGCACAAACUGCACAAGUGAAUCACAAGUGCCAUGUCAUUAUUUCAAACUGAUAUCUCAUUAUUUUGACUUAAUUACUCGUCAUUUCGAAUUUAAUAUCUCACUGUCAACUAAUUUCAAGAUGUCUUUAUUUCACCUUAAUAUUUCAUUAUUUAGUCAUAACUCGAUAUUUCAACAUACAGAAUGUCAUUAUUUAAACUUAAUAUCAUUAUUUUGACACAAUAACUCAUUAUUUUAAGAUAUAUGUUACUUCAACAUAAUUUAUUAUUUUAAUAUAUUGUGUUGUUAUUUUGUAACACCCCACAAUCUAUUAAGGUUAGUUUAUUGUAUUUCUUUCAUAAUGCUGUUUUAAUGCUGUUAUAAAAGUGCCAUUCUUAAAAUGUAUCCGUAUUGGUGUGGACAUGACCUCAAAGAACUGGCCAUUUAUCACCAAAAAAAAUGUAUGUCUAUGAAGUUAUACUGUAUGUAAUAUUUGCAUAAACUUGUAUAGCAAACUGUCACAUCAUUGUUUAAUAAUCUUUAAGCAUCCAAAGGAUGAGACAGACUUGUAAAAGCGCCAGAGGUCAAAGUGCAUCUGUGAGACUUUUCAGUGAGACAGGAAGACAAGAGUGCUCAUAUAAAGCAGAUCCCUUCACCAAAAGCCUUUUUUAGCCUGCCACUCAGUCGGCUUCUGGGUAUUUCCUGCUUUGAUGUGGAACGGAUACAAAGCAGACCUGGAAGCAAAGAGACACAAAAUUGACAGCAAGCAGAGCUACUCUUUUUGUCCCUAAAAACAUGAAAUGAUAAAAUGGUAGUCUAAGAAUUAGCAAAAUGAAAGUACAAUGCUUCUUCGUCAAAGGAAAACAUCUCUUGCUUUCUUGAUGAUGCUACUCCACAGCUGAAUGCAAAGGAGCUUUGUUUAGACGCCGUGUUCGAGCACGGUGCUGGUUUCGGAGGAAGUCCAUCAGAGUUCAUCCCUGUUUAUUUCGCUUUAGAUCAACGGUAACAAGAAGCACUCUUGUCGUCGUGCACCACCACUUUAAAUAUAGGCCUAUACCAUGGCAACCCUGCUGUUGUUCCGUGAUAAUAAACAGUGGGAGGCAGACUGCACACUCAUCCUUCAUUCCUCCCUCUUCACUACAGUCGUCAUUUAAACCGGAGCUGUUUAUAUAGUGUAGAGUUGCAGUGGACUUGUUAAGACUCAUGUUGAGAAUGAAAUGAUGUACACGAAUGGAAGCUGGUCACACUUUGGCUACUGGGCUGGAAUCCUGAAAUGGGACAAUUUCAAGAGUUAUUUCAUACAUUUACUUUUUUUUUUUUUUUUUUUUAAAAAGGGUUUCAGUUUGAGCUAAUUGAAAAAAGUGAAAAGAAAUAUAUUAAUAUUCAUACACAGGUUCACUGCUCUCUAAGGUGGGAAAUCACCAUAACUGUUUAUUCAAAGUGUCCUAGACGUAAUAAAGCAGUAUUUUGCGAGUAUUUUUGUUAUUACUCAAAGUUUGAGGUUUUUUUGCCAAAUUUCAGAUUUGAACAGAUCAUUAAUUUUCAGUAACCGCUUUAUCAUGGUCAGGGUCCUGGUGGAUCCAGAGCCCGGGAACACUGAGUGUUAAGCGGGAAUACACCCUGGAUAUGACGCUAGUCAAUCCCAGAGCACCACGCACACACACAUUCACACACACGAGCAUUUUAGAGUCUUGAAUCCACCGAAUGGCAGGUUCUGGGGAGGAAACUGGAAAACCUGUAGGAAACCCAUGCAGACACAGGAAGAAUGUGCAGAACUCUGAAGAGACAGUAACCUUGAGCACAGAGGGACCCUGGAGCUGUGAGACAGUGUGAAAUAACUUGCGAAAGGAAAAAAUGAGCGAGACAUGCCAUAUUUUUGCAGAGCAAACAAGCUCACUCUUCACAUGCUGCUCAAAUAUUUUCUUACAUUCUGGAAAUGAGUGCUUCAUUCUUUCCGAGAUGGCCUGCAGUACCCAUAAAAGCAUCAGCAGUAAUCGUGUAUCAGGCCUUCAUCCAAUAAAUGCAGCACACUCAUGCAAAUGAAUGAGUCCAAGUU